AUGUCAUUCAGUUUUAACAUUUAAAAAUAAAAUUAAGGUUUGCUAUUUAAAAAGUUUAUUUAUAAUAAUAGGUGUUUAUUAAAUUAUACUUGCGUUAUGGAAGUUAGUUGUAUGCUAUCGCUAUGGCAAAGUAUAAGGCUUAUCGUGAUGUACUUAACCUGCGAUUUAACCAAGACCAAGGUUUAUUUGGAUGCUGCAUGCAAAGUGGAUUGAGAAUAUAUAAUGUAGAUCCUUUAGUGGAAAAGGCACAUUAUGAUACAGAAAGUUUUGGAAGCAUUUCAUUAUGUGAAAUACUCAAUAGAACUAAUUUAUUUGCGAUUGUGUCAGGUGGGAACAGGCCUAAAUUUGCAGAUAACAUGGUUCUAAUAUAUGAUGACUUAGCUAAAAAAUUUGUGUUAGAACUAACAUUUUCUUCAGCGGUCAGAGGUGUGAGAUUGCGCAAAGAUAAAAAUUUGGAAAAAUUAUUUUCACUAGACACCAGAUACAAUCCUUUAGGCCUUUGUGAAAUAAGCCCCUUGUCAUCAUCUGAAAAGCAAUUAUUAGUAUUUCCUGGUCAUAAAAUUGGAAGCGUACAAGUUGUGGAAAUUGAAAGCACCGAAUCUAGUGCUUCCUCAGCUCCUAUUACUAUUAAUGCGCAUCAAGGAUCAUUAGCAUGUCUUGCAUUAAAUCAGUCUGGUUCAAUGAUAGCUACAGCUUCAUCUAAAGGCACAUUAAUUAGAGUUUGGGAUUCUCAAAUGCGUGCACAAUUAAUUGAACUACGAAGAGGUUCUGAUACAGCUACUUUAUAUUGUAUUAAUUUUAGUCGAGAUUCUGAAUUUCUUUGUUGUUCAAGUGAUAAAGGAACUGUUCACAUUUUUGCCCUCAAAGAUACAAAAUUGAAUAAAAGAAGCAGUUUAUCCAGAAUUGGGUUUAUGGGUCACUAUAUGGAGUCACAGUGGGCUUUAGCUACAUUUACAGUUCCUCCAGAAUGUGCUUGUGUUUGCGCGUUUAGUUCCAGGAAUUCUGUUAUAGCUAUUUGUGUUGAUGGGACAUUUCACAAAUAUGUAUUUUCUGAAGAUGGUAAUUGUAAUAGAGAAUCUUUUGAUGUUUAUUUGGACUUAUGUGAAGAUAAUUUGUUCUAAGUAUGAUUUCCAGUUAAGUAUCCUUUCCAGGUAAUUUGCAUAUCAUAUAUAUAAUUUUAUCCCUGUCGUUCAUUUCUAUUAGUACAUAAUAAUAAUAUAUACUCGAUUCAAUGAAACUAUUUAUCAUAAUUUUAAAGAAAAAAAAAAUAUUUU